CACAUUAAUGUUCUCAUAUGGUCUUCUCUCUUAAUUUUGACUAUCUUAAAUGCUCCAUGCCUUGGGAGGAAGCCAAAAUGGGGUUUUGUUUGACCCUGCAUGCAUUUGCAUUGGAGUCAAAGCUAGCCUUCAUUUAUUAUGUUUAUGGUUAAUGAUCUGGUUCCACUGAAUACAAGUUUGCUACCCACGAACCGUUCUUCCAUAUAAAAAAGAGAGAUGGAAAUAUAAGGAAGAAAAGGUCAUAUCAAUAUUGACAGAUUUAUUUAGUUAAACAAUCAUACAAGGGCAGUAUUGGAAAUUCGGUGGGUUUUUUUUAUAUAUAUAUAGUUGAGAUUCUAGAGAGAGAGAGAGGGGAAAACAGAGUACUAAACGGAAUUUGAAAACCAAGGCUCAAGUUUUAAUAAGAGACAUGGAGCUCUCUGUGGUUGCAAGAAACAUGGAAGAAGUUGUGUUGCUGGUUGAUGAUUUGAGAUCACUUUCUGGGAUUUCUCGCUGUAGAAUAUGUCAUGAAGAAGAAUUUGAGAGCUCCAAAACCUUGGAAGCUCCUUGUGCUUGUUCUGGGACAGUUAAGUUUGCUCACAGAGAUUGCAUUCAGACUUGGUGCAAUGAGAAAGGAAAUACAACUUGUGAAAUAUGUCUCCAGCAAUAUGAAUCCGGAUAUACAGCAGCCCCAAAGAAAUCGCAAGUAGCUGAUGCAGCAAUGACCAUUAGGGAUAGCAUGCAAAUUUCAAGGACUGAACAAGAACCGUUAAAUACAAGAAUAGUGGGUAUAGUUGAAGGAAACAAUUACUCUGAAUGCACGUAUGCUUCGGAUAGAACCGCAGCUUGUUGUCGAUCCCUGGCUUUAGCAUUUACACUCAUCUUGCUUGUAAGACAUCUUUUCGCACUCCUUACAGAUGGAAUGGAAGAUUAUCCAUUUACAAUUCUUACGGUCUUUUUCCUAAGGGCCAGUGGAAUUAUUAUACCCAUGUACAUAAUUAUUAAGGCGAUCGGAGCCAUUCAUGACAAUAUUAAGCGUCACCAUCAUCAGGAUUCUGACGAUGACUCAUCGAUAUCUGAUGGAGAUGAUGAAGAAAAUGAGACACCAAAUGAUGAAAUUUUAAGACAUUCACAAUCAUAGGUCGUUAUUUGAUUUAACUUGUAUCAGAGCAUUAUACUGAUGCUCUGUCAAGUUCUACCAUUUUGGAGGCAUAAAUUUAUUGUUGUAAAAAAAGAAAGAAUAAUUCAUUUAUUGAAAUGCAUAUAGCUUUGCCGUAUUUAUACUGUUUCCUACCAAUCCAAGUAGAUAGAACAACCAAAUUUCACCUAUAUGUAUGUAUUCACUUGUAAAACAAGUCCAUUAGACAAUCUUCCAAACAUGUACAAUGGGGAAGCCUUCAUGUAUUUAGCUGAAACUUGAAAUUAAAUCGACACACUACCAACGAAACUGGCAUGUUGGAUAACUAA